AUGAAUUGUAUCGCCGUCGAUCUUGAAAUUGUCCGGAAAAACAAAAAGAACAAUGAGGUGAAAAAUGUGGAAGUUCGUCUGGAUCAAUCGGAAAAACGCGUCGAAUUCAAGGCGCAGCACUCGGUUCUCAGCUAUCAUAUGCGACAACUCGCACCCAAAAAAGUGAAUCUGUCGGGACCCCAGUGCCGAACGCAAAAACAGACGAUUCUCAUCGAAUUGGACGCGAAAAACAAAAUGAAUGAUGGGUAGGAAUAGCCGGGAAAAGGGCAGAAAAGGACUGAAUCUUGCAGAGAUGUUCAGUUGAAGCUGCAAUUCCAGCCGCCGAACAGUUUCCUCGUCGACAGUUUUGUGAUAGCGAUUAAUCAGAUGCUCGAUGAGGUGCUGCACGGAAAGAAAAAUACAUCGACUCCGCUGGGAAAUGCGAUAAAAGCGAUGUUGUACAAGAAAAAUGUGCAGCCACAGCCGCAUUAUAUUUCUUUUGAAACUCCGUUCAGACCAGCGUCUCCUGGAGCCACUUCGCCCGCUUCACAUCCGCUCCGGAGACCUCUGGUGCCAUAUGAAAAGGCUAGACCAGCAUCCAAAACCGCCGGAAAUGGCGUCAACUCGAGCAUUCUGAACUACUUCAACCCGUCGCCCAUUCAGAAGCCGUCAACUUCAGCUACUUCAGAGCAGAAGACUUCAGAGAGCGCUUCUUCCGAUGUGAGUGCAACGCCGACCACUGACGUGACUUCUUCUAAAGUUUCUGACGUCAAACCAGUGCAAAAGACAAUUCCCAAUAGUCUACAAAUGAACGGCAAGGAAGAGGUCACGAUUAUACUCUCGAUUGUUGAUAAAAAUGGAAGACAUGUAAACCACAACAUGGUAAAAGUCGACGUGGACUUUGUCGCACACGUCAUCCGAUUCGAGGGAUCCGAUGGUUUUCAUCAGGAGUACGGAAGAGAGGAAAUCGGACAAAUGGGACACUACAAGCCACGAACGGUCGAUCAGAGCACUAUUGUCCUCAAAUUCAAGCCGGAAAAUCAGAGAGGGUUGGGUUAAGAAGGGAAGUUUUCAAUUCGAAAUUCAAGGGUUUCAGAAUCAGAGAGAUUCUUCUCAUUGUCAAACCGGCGGAUAGAAAUGAGCAGCUGCUGAACCGCCUUCUCCAACUGAUCGGCCCCACUUCCGAAUCCGUUGGAUCCGCCCCAAGCACACCGAAACAACCAGCAACCUCAUAUGUUCAAAGGGAUUCUCCAGCUGUUCCUGGAGCUCCUGAGAAGCCAGUCGCUGCCGCACAGCUCAAUGUCAUCGACAGAAGAGGCGAUAUAUUGAACUACAAAGAAGUAGGCGUCUUUUUCGAUGCCAACCGCCACUUCAUUCGAUUCGUCGGACCGAAUGGCCUUGUAUUGAAGUACAGCAAAAACGAGAUUGAGCGCAAAAAAGUGAGCGACCCGAUAAAGUUCAUGAGCCUCGGUCAGUCGACUGUAAUCAUCGAACUGACACCGGCGUGUAGGUGAGUGGCUCGAAGUGACGAGCGGAAAAGAGAAAUUCGCUUUCAGCGGUCGCGAAUUGCACAUCUCAUUCAAACCGCCGUUUCUGGAUGCGGCUGAGCGCAUCGUCGAGUUCGUCAACGAUAUGAUAGAUCCAUUCGAAGGAUCCACGCCCGAAGCAAAGCUUGAAUCUUCGCUUAUGUCCGUCAAAUUAGGCUCUAAGCCGCUCCCUGAACAAGUGUGUUCAUUACGAAAAAUUUUCGUAAAUUCAGCUUGUUUUUCAGAAAAUUGCUUCAAUUUACACUGCCGACGAGACAAAACCCGCCUGCACUUCGUCGCUGCCUCUCCGCAUUGAUCCGACGGGGAUUCCUCAGAAAAGCGAGUCUUUGGACGUGACGUCUAGUCGAUCGGUGCAGCCGCACAGUGCUCAAAAAGCAAUGUCUUCCGAAGAUAUUACCUCGAAUCCGUCUGUGACUUCACCUUCAGGAUUGUGUCGCGUUAUGCCGGAGAUGUGGACGAGCCCGACAGCUUCCGGAGCUUCCUAUUGCACGACGCCAUCCAGAAGCACUCCGUAUCCGCAGGUGCUUCAGCAGACGCCCGUGAGCCGCCCAAGAUCUAUCAUCCAGAGAGUUCCGUUCUCCGAAGGAGCUGCAAGUACACCGAGCAUCAUGAAUCGGGCGACUCUUGUCGGCAAUCUGAACCAUCAACAGUUGAACCAGAACUCAGUUUACUCCGUUCCCACACAGAUUCCACCUUCUUUCCCAAAAACCAUUCCUGCUGCUGCCGCAUCUGCGAGAGUCCGAUAUUCUAUGAAAAGGCCGGCGGAUCAGAGCACAAGUGCACAAAGGCCGGUGCACCCGAGCAAACUGAUAUCGUUCCAGCAGUUCCAGUCGAUUUCCGGUCUUCAAAAGACCGAUUCCAACCGUAAUAACUGACUGACAGUAUUGCAGAUCUUUCAACUGACAGUAUUGCAGAUCAGAUGGUUGUCAGACCCACUUAUCGGGACGCUCCUUCCGGAAUUCCUUACCUACAAAUGCUCCGCGCCUCCCCUGUAAUCCGGCUGUAAUCUCGCACUCAACCCCAUCAUUUUAACUUCAGAUGACCGGCAUCCAAGUCGACGCCUUCAUCGUUCGCAAGGACAACUCGACUCUAUGCUUCAAAAACCAUCGUUUCCAAAUGAACAGCGUGAAACAGAGCGUUCAAAUUCUGAAUUCGGGCGGAGUCACUCAGGAGUACCACAUUCUGCAGUUCCAGCGCAAACAACUGACGAAGCCGAGAGUUAAUCUGGUGAACAGAAUCGAACUUUCGCUCGAUUUGAACAGAAACGACCCGAAGAAUGAUGGGUUUGUACCGAGUAGCGGAGCAUUCUUGAAAUGGGAUGGAUUCAUUUUCAGAGAUCUCCAGGUCAGAUUGAGUUUCCAGCAGAAUCAGCUCAAAAUCGUCGAGAGCAUCGUCAGAAGAUUCAACGCGAUGCUCGAAAACAAUUCAGAUGGUUCGGUAGUUUUUCGAGCUGUUGAAGAAAAUGGAUGUUCAGAAAUGAUCAGCAACAUCUACCAAACUCUGAAACCGCAGGCGGUCAGAGCCCGUCUGCCGGCAGGCCAACAGUCCCCGCCAGCCAAAAAGGCGUGCUUCGAAGUGGACGUCAGUCCGUUUGCUGAUUCCAAAGAUAGCAAUAACGUGGAAGUGUCGAUCGUGAGGAAAGACGGCCGAAUGACAACUCUGUUCAAGCAGGAGAUCCAGAUUGAUAAGGAGAAGAAAUGCAUUCGAUUCAAAGGAUUCCAUGGACAGCACGAGUUCCACGUCGGACAAUUCCGGAAGGAUUCGGUAACAGUGGCGCCGACCGAUCCGCCCGGGGCUCUGGUCGUUUCCAUCGACUUGGAUGAGAGCCAGAAGGAGAAUGACGAGUUUGUAAAGUGCAGUUUAUCUUUUCAAAUACUGUCUGAUUCCAGAGAAGCACAGCUGAGAGUGACCUUCUUUUCACCGUCGAACUUUGCGCAAAAAUUUAAACAAACUGUAGACGAGAUGCUCCUCGAGCACUUUAAAGCCUGAAAUAUUUCUGUCUUGAACCACAACUUCAUUUUAUAUUAUUUUUCUCCUCCUGUUUUGAUCUCUUUUUUAACGCAUAACAUUUUCUCCCUUUGACGAGUAUAAUAAAAACUUCACCGGUCCAUUUAGAGUUGUAUUUUAUCUCCAUAUUGACAUCUUUUAUUUGGUGUGAAAUUACUACCUUUCACUUUUUUUCGAUACUUCUUUUUCCAUGUUUUCUAAAAUGUCCUUUCAGGUAGCAAUGGCAGACCCCAAAGCUCAAAAUGACGUGAUGGUCGACCUGGUGUACAUCACAAAAGGAGGCGUGCUCGUGAAUCACAAAUGCCGCCGAUUGACGUUCGACAAAGACGAGCACUGCCUCGUUUUCCGCUCACCGAGCGAUUCUGUUACAAAGUUCUGUGUCACGCAAUUUGUAUUGCAAAAAAUUAAAGUUCCGACGAUAGUGAGUGAGAAAUAUAUGAUAUUGUCACUAAAACUGGAUCGUGACCAUCCGGAUAACCACGGGUGAGUCUACGGAUAACGAUGUUCGAUAAAUGUUCGCUUCAGAGCUAAACAACUGAAGAUGAAAUUCGAGCCUCCCCACACAAACAUGGUUGAAUACGUGGCGAAGGAAUUCUGCGACAUGCUGAAAGCCAACAAGGACAGUAAGAAACGUCUUCUCCUCAUUUUUUUGAUAGCGUCUCUCUAUUUCAGAACUGAUCAGAAAGUCCAGGGCCGAAAAGUCAAAAGAUUCUCGAAGCCUUCUCCACAAAGAUCGUUCGUCGUUCACAAGACCGACCACCACUUCGGUUAACAACAAUGAAGUCGUGUCAGAGAGCUCAGCGAGCAACACAAGCGAAACGUUAGUUUCCCCCAUUCUAAACAAAAACAGAAGAACGGGGGUAUUCCGAUGACUAGGAAACGUCUCUCGGACGAUUGUUCGCAGUGCGCCACUGACAGCCUCGACGCGACACUCGAAGCCGUGUACGGAGACAACAUAGGUGCGAGAUUAUUGAAAAACGCCAAAACAUUUUUCCGAUCCGGCGGUCGGAUUGUAAUUUCCGAACCAGCGGCAACCAUAAGGCCCAGUGGAAAAGAAUUAAACAAAUUUUCAAAAAACGCUUUUCCAAGCUUCGUUUUAUUGUAUUUUCUGUUAAACAUGUAUGACCAAUAUAACACUUAUUUUCAGAGGAGCACAUCUGAAAGUUAUUUUUUCCCGAACGGAUAAUGCUUCGGUCGCCAAGUUUGUCCAUGAUUUCAAUGAGAUGCACGGAUGA